AUCAAUAUUAAAAAUAAGAGUUAAAAAACACAUUUGUUAAAUCUUCACCAGAUAGAUUCAAGUGUUUUCCCCACAAGUCAAGCAGCCAAAAUCAGCACUCACAACUGAAGGACUAAUGAUGGCCGCCGCAACAGCUUCUACUACUCUCCCCUCUCCAUUUCUUCCUUCCCCAGGAUUUCUUGAGUCAUUUCGAAGCCGAAAUUGGAGAAUCCACAAGAAACAGUUGGCGAGAAAAGCUGGUCCCGUUAAAGUUACAGCUAAAUUUGAGCUGAAUCCUCCGCCUUAUCCCAUGAAUGCUCUGGAGCCUCAUAUGAGCCGUACUACAUUCGAAUACCACUGGGGGAAGCAUCACAGGGCCUAUGUCGACAACUUAAACAAGCAAAUAGUCGGAACAGAACUGGAUGAGCUGACGCUAGAGGACAUAAUACUUAUUACAUAUAACCAAGGCAAUCUCCUUCCACCAUUCAACAAUGCUGCACAGGCUUGGAAUCAUCAAUUCUUCUGGGAGUCUAUGAAACCUGGUGGAGGAGGAGAGCCGUCUGGUGAAUUAUUAAAAUUAAUCAACAGAGACUUUGGCUCCUUUGAAGCAUUUGUUAAAGAAUUUAAGGCAGCUGCUGCAACACAAUUUGGUUCUGGGUGGGCGUGGCUUGCAUACAAAGCAAAUAGACUUGAUGUAGGAAACGCGUCAAAUCCCCAUCCUUCUGAUGAGGACAAAAGGCUUGAAGUUGUGAAAACACCUAAUGCUGUAAACCCCCUCAUUUGGGAUUACUCGCCACUCCUCACUAUAGAUGUUUGGGAGCAUGCUUACUAUCUUGACUUUCGGAAUCGACGCCCUGACUACAUAUCAAUCUUUAUGGAGAAGCUUGUAUCAUGGGAGGCAGUGAGUUCUAGGCUUGAAGCAGCUCAAGCUCAAGCUGCUGAGCGGGAAAAAGAAGAAGAGAGGAAGAAAAGAGAGGAGGAAGAGGAUUAUCAAACCGGUAAUGAAGUUAGAGAGAUGUAUGUGGAAACUACAGAUUCUGAGGCGGAAUAAUUUGUGUUAGCCCUCUUAGUUCAGCUUUGGAAAGCAGAAGAAAGAUGGUUAACUACUAUUUCAGUUCUUGAAAGUGCUAAAUACGACGAACAGACCAUGUCCAUACGAAUGACACAAAAAGCUUUCACUAUUGCAGGUGCUAGAAAGAAGUUUUUUGUUAAGUAGGAAAUCUAUUAGGAUAAAAGGAGGUCCUUUUCAUUCGACAAUUUACCAGUUUUUCAUCCUUCAUUGAAUGUUUACAUUAAUACACUUCUUCCUCA